AUGCGGAUCCCGCGGCGGAAGGGCGGGGCCGGGCCGCUCGCUGUCGGGGUGCCCAGCAGGCGGGUGCAGGUGGCCGCGGUCUUCGCGCUCGCCGCGCUGCUGGGGGUCUCCGUGCUCUACGACAGCGCCCACAUCGUCGCCUCCCUGCGGAGGCACGGCGGCCUGACGAACUACGCCAAGCUCUCCUCCUCCGACAACGACGGCGCCACCGCCGUCUCCAGCGUCGCGAUGGAGGAGGAGGCGGCGGCGGCGGCCGUAGACGCGCUCGCGCCGCCGGCGCGGGCGGCGGAGUCGGCGCCAGUUGACGGCGCGGAUCGGGCCGACCCGACCCCGCACGAGCGGCAGGAGGAGGGCGCAGCGAAGCCUGGAGCGACGGCCGGGAGCUCCCUGCAGGACGCGCCGCUGAUCGAGGAGGCGGUGCAGGGAGGGAGCGGAGGCCACGGCGACGGCGGCGCGCAGGAGCAGCCCCCGGGGACCUGUGACCUGUACAAGGGCCGCUGGGUGUACGACGAGUCCCGCGCGCCGCUGUACAAGGAGUCCGACUGCAGCUUCCUCACGGAGCAGGUCACCUGCACGCGCAACGGCCGCCGCGACGACGACUACCAGAAGUGGCGCUGGCAGCCCGACGGCUGCGACCUCCCCAGAUUUGAAGCUAAGUUGCUUCUGGAGAAGCUGAGGAACAAAAGACUGAUGUUUGUGGGGGAUUCUUUGAAUCGGAACCAGUGGGAGUCCAUGGUGUGCCUGGUACAGUCAGAGGCUCCAUGGGACAAAAAGUCUCUUGUCAAAAAUGGUUCUCUUAAUGUGUUCCAUCUUCAGGAGUACAAUGCAACAGUUGAGUUCUAUUGGGCUCCUUUCCUUGUGGAGUCAAACUCAGAUGACCCAGACAUUCAUAGCAUCAGUGACCGCAUGAUCAAGCCAACAUCGAUCGCGAAGCAUGCAGCAAAUUGGGAAGGGGUGGACUACCUGAUCUUCAAUACUUACAUUUGGUGGAUGAACACACCACAGAUGAAAACUUUGCAUGGUGGAUCUUUUUCAAGGAAACAUGUUAAGUAUGAUGAAAUAGAACGUGUCGAGGCAUACCGGAAGGUCCUCAAGACAUGGUCUAGAUGGGUAGAGGCGCACAUAGAUCCCAAGAGAACAAUGGUCCUUUUCAUGAGUGUGUCACCAGUACAUAUGCAGAGUGAAGGUUGGGGCAGCCCCAAUGCCAUAAAAUGCUUCUCCGAGACACAGCCAGCAAUCAACUACACGAAAAAAUUGGAGGUGGGCACGGAUUGGGAUCUCUUCGCGACUGCUCAGCGCUUGACGAGGUCGAUGAAGAAGGUACCGGUGCACUUCGUCAACAUAACUGCGAUGUCGGAGAUCCGCAAGGACGCGCACACCUCUGUGCACACGCUGCGGCAGGGGAAGCUGCUGACGGCAGAGCAGAAGGCGAACCCGAGGAAGUUCGCGGAUUGCAUCCACUGGUGCCUCCCUGGUGUGCCGGACACGUGGAAUGAGUUUGUUUAUGGUCAUAUCGUGUCGAGCCCGCCGCCGCUGCAGCAGAUAACCGAGGAUCAACCUCACAGAUGA